ACGCACCUUAAUUGCAGGAUGGAGACCAGGUAAAAUUGUAUUGCUUAAAUUGCUAAAGCGGGGUGUUUGAAAUUGUCUCUGGUAGUGACAGGAGACGUGGCCACUUUCGUGUCGCGGCGCGGUAGCACCCUGUAUAUGGACAGGACCCAGUCUGGGCAUGCAUGCGUAGUUUAUUGUGCAUCUUAGCGUGUUGACUGGUGACUGGUGAGUGGAAGUUGUCGGCCGGCGGUGACGGGUAGAAAAAACGAAAAAGAGAAUUCCCUCGGGAAAUCCCUUCUCCUUAGCAAGUCCAGCCGGAUUAAUAGAACGCGACAAUGCCACACGGCCGCACUUCCGCUUUCCAGCCCUGCGUUGUACAGUCUCACCAAAAUUUAUCAUCGUCCCAACAAGGCGUGACUUACUUUCUUACUGGUAUAAGAAAUGUCUAAAUUGAGCUGCUUCAUUCUCCAAGCCCUAGUUUACUUCGCCAAUGACGUCGCUGCAUCCGUUUUCAAGAAAUACCAGAACCGAGCUGACCCCUUCAUCUCAGUAGGACACAGCAACUUCACAAAAUUAGUCCUCAACUCGGAGAUCUUCGUGGACAAGACGCUCUUCAUCAAGGACUUCCUCGAAAGUCCGUCAGAUGUCGUCAUGGUCACAUGUCCUCGCCGGUGGGGCAAAUCGAUGAACAUCGACAUGCUCAAGACAUUCCUCCAAGUGGUUGUCAGGAAAAAUGGAACAAGGGUGGAUAAAAAGGAUGCCCUCAAUACCGAGCUGUUCCAGAGACUGGAAAUCGCGAAACAUCACAAACUGAUGGAGCGCUACCUCGGCGAGAGUCAUGUCAUCCACCUGUCCUUUCGCUCAGCCGGCGGACUCACUUACAAGGAUGUGACCGGAGGCAUAAGGGUCGUCGUAGGUCGCGCCUGCGAGGAACAUCUCUACCUUCCCGAGAUUCUCUGGCAGCUCAUCAACGGCCCCAACACCAACCACACAACCAAGACCAUUGCCCAAACGCAUUUAGAUACUUUUGUGAGAUUGCACACACAGAGGGCUUCCGAAAAAGAGGUGCUUCAAGGUCUGGCGUUUCUUUCAGCGCGCCUUCACGAGCUCUGGGGUAAAAAAGUUUUCAUUUUCAUGGACGAUUUUGAUAAAAUAAUGACUGGUCUAUUCUCUUCCGAGUCCAUCGAGAUUAACCCUCAAGACGUGAGUUAUGGGAUGCAAUACAUACAGGAGUUCAUAGCGCAGGCACUUGAGAAAAACGAACACUUUGUGAAGGCAUUAAUCACAGGUGUGAUGCGACCCGAGACCCAAAAACUUUUCGCCAGACUGGGCAAUUUUCAAGAACACAACAUGCUCCACAGUGACUUCUACAAUCACUUCGGCUUUACCACUGAAGAGGUAAUCGAACUUUGCAAAGCCUUCAACCUCCAGUCGUCACAACACACCCACGUUGCAACCUACUACGGUGGCUAUGCUUUGACCAACACUGCGACCCUUCUGCACAACUCCGACUCGGUGCCUCGCUAUUUGCGGGAGCAGAUUUCGCACUCCUAUUGGGAGGAGGAGGGCGAUUUAGGUCCCCUCGAAGUUCUUUUCCAUAAAGAGAACAUCAACGACGCCGUAGCGGUUAUCUCGAAAGGCACUGCGCGUGACCUCGACCUGACCAAUUUGACAUUGACAACCGACGAUUACAUCAAGUUGAUCGGGAUGUUUCAGAGGGAGGCUCUAGUGCCUGAUGGGGGUGUGGAGCUUUUUUUGAGGAUGCUUUUCUCACAAGGCUAUCUGACCGUCGACAAAAAGCGGUCAGUAAAUGGCACAAAUAAAGUAUCUGUUAAGGUGCCGAAUAAGGAGGUAGGUAUUAUUCUAAAACAUAAAUUGGCGGUUGAAGUCUGGACUAUUGACUAUGGAGCAGUUCUAUUAGGUGGAUAAUGGUUCGGAAUGGUACUCAGUGGCCUACACACGUCGGUGAGGUGGUCAAGAAAUUAUGUCAUUUUUUUAUUAUUAUUCCGUAUUUUGGUAUCACAAUUCCCCCUAAAUAACGAUAAAUAAGGAUUGUUUUUUAAGAAAAGCAUUUUCACACGCGACACCGUGUGAGCUAUUUCUGGAUCCAUUAAACACUAUUUUACCGUAUUUCCGUGAAUCGGUUGGGUAUUUACCAAGGAGUAUUGAACUCUCAUCACACGAAGGCGAGCAAAUGCAAAAGGUGUCGAAGUGCGAAACUUGACUCUCGUGGGAUGGACAUGAAUGUCGUCCGACGACAAUAUUGGUUGUCGGGCGAUUCGUUUAUUGGUUUUACUGACGAUUAGACUGUAAAAAUAAUACUAUAAACUGAAACAAUUGGAUUAUUAUUUCCAGUCAAAAACUACUGUUACAGCCUCAUUUCAGAAAUAACGAAUGUACUUAGUAUAUUGCAAAUCGAAAGACAAAUAAAUCUUGUUGUUUUAAAGUGUU